AUGGAACAUGCUAUUUUAAUUGUACUUUUGAAGCAAAUUAUUCCAGUAUUAGAAACAUCAGACCUUUUGCUCAAAGUUUGUAUUGACGGAGAUCUAGAUUCUAAUAAAACUUUAGCCAAUAUUCCUGUUCAACAUAUAAUAAGAUACUUUAACGGAUGUGUAUUUACUGCUGGUUUGAAAAAAAAGAAUAAUGAACCAGAUACACCAACGAAUGAAGAAUUGCGUUAUAUCCAAGUAGAAGGUUUAAUUCAACAUUUAUUAGAUAAUCAUGAUUUUUGUUGGAAAGAAGUUUGUUGGUAUAAGGAAAAUGAAGAAUUACAAUUGCAGUCUCCAAUGUUACAAUCCUUUACAAAAGUAGAAAUUGAAGGAUUCUGGCAAAUGCUUUUGACAAUUUUUAAACUUCCUAUACAACAAAGUCUUGUUACUCAUUAUCGAACAGCUUAUAAUGAAGCAUUCAACCAGACAAUCUUACGAUUUGUUGAUAAGCGAAUUGAUUUUUGGGCUUCUUAUCGAGCAUAA